GCCGGAGGAGGUGGUAGAUGCAGGCAGAUUUGGGUCUAUCAGGUUCUUCCAUUUUUUGUAAAUUCAUCGGUGGAAGGCAACUGAUUUUACUUCGACAAACUAAGGCCCUGUUCCAAUCUCGCGAGAUAAACUUUAGCAGCUAUUUUUUAGCUACUUUUAGCCAUUUAUAAUCUAAACAUGAGAGCUAAUGGUGAUAAUUGAAACUAAACUUUAGCACUUCAAUUCAUAUAGCUAAAGUUUAGCAGGAAGCUAAAGUUUAGCUCAUGAGAUUGAAACGGGGCCUAAUAUGAUACAGAUGUUUCUUUUUUACAUGCCGAAGCUUACCCGACAUUCGCAUGCAACUUUUUUUUUCUUGGUUCAAAAUCGAAAUAGCAUUGCUAAUGUUAAUCCAGCGGUUCAUUUCUCCGUGCUGUGCCUGUUAAUUAACGUAUCAGUUAGUUAACGUAUAUUCUGAUGUUCAGGAUAAUAUUUAUAUAAAUAAAAAAUAUAGCAAAAAUAAAAUGAUGUUCCUAUAAAAUAAAAUUUCUGGGUUACGUAAGGUUAGGGACGACAGCAGGCCCGGGUUAGGUCUGCUAAAUAAUAAGACUUCAGCUCGUGCUGAUGAGGCAAAGAACAUGGUUAACUGAAAUGCAGAUGAAACACUACAUAUAUAAUAAAGCCAGGUCGGUGGCAAAGGAUUUUAAACAGCGAUAUGAUAUAGAUUAUAAAAAUUACAAUGUAUUUUUUAUUACAUUCUAGAGGAGAGGAGGAAGUCUAUCUUAGUAACCACCGGAGUAUGAGAGCACUUCAUAGCCCAAUCAUGUGCAAGCUGUCAAAGCUGUUUAUGGUGAGCCAGAAAAUAAAAAAUAACGUCUGGGAUGGGCCAGAAAACAAAACUGGAUUGGAUCGAGGCCCGGCGGAAGGGAAGAAGAUAUUUUGCGGUUUUGUGAGUUGUGAUGGCUUCAGGCAGUUUGGUAGAUUGUGGCGAUAGAAGGACGGCCAGUUUAGCCUAGCCACGCUCGCUCUACCUCCUCAAUCCUGAUUAGCUUCAAACCGCCAUGGCCAUGGGGCUCCCCGGCCUCCGCUGCCACCGCCUCCUCGCUCGCGGGUCACUCCCUCCACUCGGUCCCGCCCUCUAUCGCAGGCCCCUGGAGCGAACCUCGGCUCUCCGCUACUCCUCCCUCCAAGCUCAAGCUGGGGACAGUAUUGGGGAGGAGGCCCUGCGCAUGUUCCUUGAGGACAGGCAACUGCACGGCGAUUUCGUCACCAAGGUCUCUGACAUGGUCUGGAGGAGGAAUGGCGCCAAUGUUGGUGCGGCUGAGGCGACCACGGGCCAAGGGAGUGCAAUAGAUGUUGCUCAGCCUGAAGACGUGCGGGAAGAUGCUGUGGACGAGGGAAUGUUGAGACUAGCGGCGAUUACUAGUGAUUGGGUGUCCGGUGACAGCAGCCCUCCUUUAAGCAAGAGGCUUUCUGCCGAGGAAAGGCAGAACGAGAGCAACAAAAGGAAGGAGCUGAAUCUUUUGAAAUAUGAAGCACUCAAGGAUGAAUUGCUGCUCUUGACCGCAGGAACUGGAGCAGCAUGUAGUUUAUAUUGUCUCCUGGUUUUCUCUCUGGAGACUGCUGUCAGUUAUGCUUUGGGGGUUGGUUUCAGUUGCUUGUAUCUUCAACUUCUGUAUCAACAUGCUGAUAACCUAUCAAAGGAAGAUAUUCCAGAAGUUUUUCUAAAGAAGAAAGUGAAGAAAAUUGGCAUUACAAGUGAAGAUUUGAAGAAUACAAUAGAGAAGACAUUGGGUGGUGCAGGACUAGCUCUUUCAUCUCCAAGGCUUAUAAUUCCUGCCGUGAUUUAUGGAUUGUCAGCUUUAUCACAUCACUUCCAAAAUAGCUUUUUCAGUUUUGAGGUUCUUCCAGGGAUGAUGGGUUUCCUCGCGUACAAGGCUGCAGCUUUGGUUCAAGUCUACAGAGACAACGAGGACCUCCGCUUGAUACUUCCUGAUGAAGAGGCCGCUGACAGUGACAGCACUUGAUUUAUACGAAUUAGAGAUUAUGUUAACCUAGUGGUUGUUGACAAAUACAAAACAGAUCUGUUCACCACCGAGUCAAGCUUCACUUUUGAACUUUUUUUUGUCUUUAGGAGAUCCUGAAAUUCGUUUGCUUAUCUUCUUGGAAGGGGGGAAACAGGAAGAGUUGAAUGAAAAAUCAUUAUAUGUUAGAGACAGCUGAAAGCUCAAAGGAACACACAUUUUUUUUGUCCUUGGGUAACUAUACAAAACUGUUGCAAGUGCAGUUGGAAGCAAGAAUGCGCAACAGUACCAUUGUAGUACAAUGGUUUGCAACAGUAGCCAAUCCAUUCUACAAGUUGGAGAUUUGCAUAGAAGAGUCGUUCUUACAAAUUACAGGAUGC